AUGAUAACCCGCUUCUUGGUUCAAAAUGAAAUAAGCGCUAAUCAGCCAGCGAAGAACCCGUGGGCCGGUGCUAUUGGAGGUGGCACUAGUGUCACAAUGAGCGACGAAUUGUUCCGCAAGCAAGAGGAACUUGAAAGAAAGUCGCGAGAGCUACGCCAACGAGAAGAAGAACUGAAUAGACGUCAACAACAGCAGCAAAAUAUGAACACAGGUUCUAUUGGAGCAGCCACCCAGCAUCCACAUAAUUGGCCUCCAAUCCCGACAUUCAUUCCAAUUGAACCAUGCUUUUACCAGGAUAUCGAGGUCGAAAUACCAGUGCAAUUUCAAAAAACCGUGACUAUUGUCUACCACGUCUUUUUAAUCUACGUGCUUGCAUUGAUAGUGAACGUGGUUGCUUCUCUUUUCUACAUGAUAUUUGCUAGUGGUCCUGUCGGACAAUUUCUUCUUGCCGUCAUUCAGUUAUGUCUAUUCUCACCAUGUUCGUUUUUGUUCUGGUUCCGACCAGUCUACAAAGCAUUUCGCAACGAUUCCUCAUUCAAUUUUAUGGUGUUCUUCUUCGUGCUGUUCUUCCAUUCUCUUUUCACGCUAGUGCAAAUGCUCGGUGUAUCCUCUUACGCAUGUGGUUGGAUCAACACCGUUGAAACAUUUGGAGUUUCCAUCCCUGUUGCUUUGUUAAUGUUGUUAUCAGCUUUGUGCUUCACUGCAGCAUUCUGUGGAAUGGUUUACGCCUUGAUCAGAGUGCACAAGCUUUACAGGGGAGCAGAAAUGUGCAGGCCGCUGCUACCGCUGCCACAACAGCAGCUGCAGGCGCUGCAUUCCAGCAGGCUACUCAAGGACGCUUUUAAACUGAGACGUUCGAGAUUGUUGUGAACCAUGAUAUGCACUACUCUUUCCUCUUUGGCUUGAGCGUUUGCUUAUGACCUGAUGUCCCAGUGACUUCUCGAAUAUUAGAAUUUUGAUGCGUUUACUAGCGGUUAUUAGUUACUACUGUGUUUUAGUGGUCGCUGUUCCUGUGAUGUGUCUGAUGUGUACCUAUUACCAGUUUUCUUCUGUAAUUCUUGACCUUAAAUAGAUAGUAUUUGACUGACGUUAUGGGUUUCCGUGAUGUUAUAUUGACUCCUAUUCAAUCAAUAUCAACAGUUCAUUGCAAUCUGAGAUAUUAGCACUGCAUGCGAAUUAAAGAAGUUUCAUUUAUAAUAAAUUUUACGAAGUUAGC